GAGAGCGGUGGCCGUCAUGCGACAGCUGCAGGGCGCCAGGCGCUUCGUCCCCCUCGACCAUCACUUCUUCGAUCGGCUCGGGAUACCCGCGGAGGUCAGGGAGAAGAUCAUGGAGGUGUUGGACACGGAGAACGCGGGGGUUUUGCGGCGGGAGCAAAUCGUGAGACGAUUCGUGGAAAUUUACGAGCGGCGGCGCGACCUCGCCAAAUCCCUCGCGAGCACCACGAGCGUCCUCGCCACGCUCGAGCGCAUCAUCCUGUCCGCGCUGUACUUCCUCCUGGUGUUCAUCGUGCUCGGGAUAUUCGAUCAGAACAUCGUGGAGAUGUGGUUCACGGCGUCCUCGAUGCUACUCGCGUUUGUGUUUAUGUUUGGCAACAGCAUCAAGCAGCUGUUCGAGUCGGUCAUCUUCAUCUUUGUCAUUCACCCGUUCGACGUCGGCGACGCCGUGCUGAUCGAAGGGGAGCGACACGCGAUUCGUAACAUCGGGAUCCUCACCACGGAGACGGUCAAGUGGAACGGUCAGGUGAUCUACUACCCCAACAUGUCGAUGAGCACCAAACCGCUGACAAACCUGACGCGGAUGAAGAAGUUCACCGACGAGCAGACGUGGGUCGUCGACAUAGCGACGCCGGCGCACGUCCUGGAGGCGAUGCCGCUCUACUUCCACAAGUGGGCGAUGGACCACGCCGAGGACUUCCACGAGAUCACCCCGCGCAUCUACUCUCACGCGCACGACCCGCUCAAGAUCAAAAUCACCCUCUACUACGAGUACACCUUCAACGGCUUACCGCCGUCUCGCUCGGGUAACGCGCGCGAUCAGCUCGGCUUGGCGAUGCGAAAGUUCCUGCUGGACAACAACGUCGUGUACAGACAGCAGACCCUGCCGGUGGAGAUCAUCAACGGCGUCAACGGGCGUUCGUCCAUCGUCGGCGGAGGCGGAGGUGGAGGGGGCGACGGCGCGUCCAGGGGAGGCGGGCGGGACGCGUCCAGGGGCAGGUCGCCGAGCCGAGGUCCCUCGCGUCGCACGAGCGUCUCCGUCCAGGACGCGCCGAGCGUGUUUUUGGACCUGGCGACGAGCGGCGGCGGCGGUUCACCCGCGGUCAAGACGACGGGCAUGGGAGCGGGCGCGGGAGCGGGCACGGGAGCGGGCAUUGGGAGCGAGCGGAUGGCGACGCGGGACGACGCCCUCCUCGCCCGCGCCAGCGGCUGAGAGGGGCGAGUUCGAGGCUGUCGGCUACUUAUCUUAUGAUGCGUGUAUCGCUUCGACGCCCGCGUGAUGUCGGAACGAAUGAACGACGUUGGAACGUGACAAAGUUGAAACGACGUUGGAACG